UUUGCAGAGCUUUCAAACGUCAUCAGACUGCGCCGUCAGAGGAAGGAGUGCAUGAGCUGUGCGUGAGCUGCAGAAGAUGGACACCCAGACUGAUGCACCUCCACCAAAGCAGCAACCAAUGAUAUACAUCUGUGGAGAAUGUCACAAAGAAAAUGAAAUUAAAGCAAGAGAUCCUAUUAGAUGCAGAGAAUGUGGUUACAGAAUAAUGUACAAGAAAAGAACAAAAAGAUUGGUUGUGUUUGAUGCCCGAUGAAGAGAAGAUGCAUCCAAUUGAUCUAAACAUGUUUCAAAUUCUUCAUAUGUUCUCUCUGAUUUUGUAUUUGUUGUGAGCAACCUUUUUUUUUCUUUUUUGCAUUCUAACAAUGUAAGUUAUUCUAUGAUCACAAUAAAGUGUUGUUGAAAUA